CGCAUAGUCAAUGAGUCAUUCUUUGCUAUCUCUCUCUCUCUCUUGCCUGCUGUGCGUCCGCGAAUGCAGCCCCAGCCAGGCGCGAGAGGUAGGCCUGCAGGCUCUCACACGCUGACGCCGAUGGCCGCUCACACUCCGCCAUGGUGAUCUGAUCUUCGCUGCAGAUGAAUGGAGGCUGCUAGAAUGGGGAUGAGGUAAUGAAGCCUUCCCAAAUCCUGCUUUGAAAGGUGUAUUCCUGUUGGAUCCCACGGUGUUCCUGCGGCGAGAUCUGCAGUCGAUCCCUUCCCUCUUCAGAGAUCUGCCGCUUCUCAUUCAUCAGGGAGGGCUGCAGGGCGCUGGGAAGGCAAGAGCGUUCGUGGGACGGUAUUUGGCUGACAGAUCCUUGCAUAGCAACACCACCUCAUGAGCGGACAGGUGGGCAGCGUGGGAGGGAAUGACAAGGCCUCCCGUGUCGUUAUUGCGCUGCAUUCCUUCCACUGCUGCUUGUCCAUGCAUCAGGGUGAAGAGCUGUAUAUGGUGCUCGGCGUCGGAAAGGACGCGACGACGGCGAGCAUCAAGAAGGCCUACAAUGAGCAGGCACUCGUCUGGCAUCCCGACAAGCACACGCACCCGGCCAUGAAGCAGAAGGUGCGUGAGAGUGGCUUUGUCGUGGAUACGGGUCGAUAGCUGCGCCACGUCUGUAUGCAUUCCAUCUGUGGGUGUGUUUGUUCGUCAGGCCACCGAGAUGUUCAAGCUGGUCCAGGAGGCCUAUGAGGUGCUGACCAACCCGAUUAAGCGACGCAUGUACGACAACGGAGGGUACACACCCCAACGCGGUGACAGUGCGGCUGGCGGUGAUAGCGGUCGUGCUGACGGAUGGAGCGAGCAGACCAGUCGAGCCCUUCAGGAAAUCAGAGAGCUGAGCAAGGCCAACAUGAGAACGAGGAACACGGUCGCUGAGCUGUACAAACGGAGUGUGGUGGUGGGUCAGACAGUGGCGAUUGGGUACGGCGCAUCGCCGCUGGACCCGCCAAUUCUCAAGCUCGUCGAAAAGCUGGUGCCGGCGAAGACGAUCUUCGACCAGGUGUGUCUCUUGCGUGAAUAUCCAUGUCAUGAGCGCACACACGAUCUGUUCUGCUAUGUCUGUUUGAAUGCGUGUGUGCAGCACAAGGUGUUGGACAACAUGAUUCGCAUCGAAGGUCCCCCCCUGCUCAUGAACAAUCUCAACUUCAGCGUCAACAAUUACAAUGACCUCGAGCGGCUCAAUGACGAAAUGCCGAAAACAGCAGAGGUGACUGGCUGAAGGACUUCUGCAGACGAACUCUGUGUGUGCAUGCAUGCAGAACUUCAAGUUCAUGCCUUCUGCCCCAACGGUCGCCAUUCUCGAGCAGUUCAAGGAGAACCUUGUGCGCAUCGGGCAGCAGAUGAAGCAGGUCGAGACCACGCUCUACAGCAAAAACAUCAGCGGAGACAGGAAAGUGGUCAUGGACAAGUACACCGAGCUGCAGAAGGUGCAGAAGCAGCUGAUAUCCAUGCUCAAGGUGAAAGACAUUGAGAUCGAGGUCGCCAAUACCUCGUAGUAACACCUCGUAGUCAUCAAUGCAAACGUGCAUUUGCCUGCCAGCCACUCACUUUUGCGCCAUUUUUAUCUGAGUGCGUCACCGUCCGUCCUCGUGUUUGUCUGUUUGUCGGCUGGUUGGUUUUUCUCUCUCUUCUUUUUCCUCGUCAGAGUGCCUUUGAGAGAAAAACGAGAGAGAGAGAAAUGGCGCGACGCCUUAGUCUAGCCGCCUAAGUCAGGUCCUCCAGAUAUUCUCUGCGUCAUGUUCACUGAUGGCGUGCGUGUGACGUACGUGUGUGAGGGACAGUGUGCUGCCUUUUUGCAGGCACGAAAGAUGCAAUGGAAUGAACCUUUAUGCAGCCCC